AUGAAGGCGUUUCUAUGCGCCCUCGUAGCCACAGGGGCAGCCGGGGCCUUGGCAAACGACGUAUCCUCCUCUGCUCUCUCCCAUCCCGUUGUCAACGGCCGGGGAGUGGAGGAUGAGCUCGACAAGUGGCUCUCCGCAGUACAAGCGCAGCCUAUCGAGGCACUGCAAUCAUGUCCUAUUUCCUGCCGUAAGGCGGGCGAGGACCCGUGGUAUCUGUUUCCAGAUGUGUCUCAACUGACAUCUUGCAACGAGACCAUGCUGCUAAACAUGGUCGUCCAAAUGGCCGAGGACAAGGAGACGCCCACCGUCAUCAGGGCAUGCACAGCAGACUACGACACUUCAGGCUCUGUGAAGGCUGCCUUCAUGCCGGACGAGACCCGGGCGUCUUUGUGCACAACCGCCAACAAGGUCUUGGAAGUAACCUCUGUCCACAUUCACCACCCCGGCAAGGCUGGCGACUUCUCGGUGAACCACCUGUUAUCCGCUGGUCGCCAGGUGAAGAGCUACCUCGCGUCCCAAAAGCCGUCAUGCACCAACAAUGCCAUUGCCUUUGGCUACUCGCAAACGUCACUCAUCGGUCUUUUCGCCGGCGCCGAGGUGCACCAGCACGGUGUGACAUCAGAUGUGCUUGAUGCUUUCCUCAAGCAUGCCCAAGACAAGUCCAUCUCGGGAACUACUGUGGUGCAGCUGUGUGGAGCCAAGAACCGAGGUGCCGACUACAGCAUCGGCAUCGUGGCCAGCAGCGCCAAGAAUCUCGAACUUGUCCAGGAGGUGGUCAAGACAUGGGCCGACGGCAAAUGUGUCUCCCAGGCGGGCGUGGGUGUGGACUGGAUGACGGUCACUCUACGCGUUCCGAGUCCCGUAGAGGAACUGUCCAGGAACGGCACCAUUUCGAACGGAACCAGCACCUCUCACCAGUCGAGUCCUCGUGAUCUCGUCGGCCGCUCUGCGAGACUCAGCCCGCGGGCCGACUGCAGGUUCACCACUGUGCAAGCAGGCGAGGGCUGCUUUGCUGUGGCAGGACGAUGCGGGAUUUCACAGACCCAGCUAGUAUCCUACAACCGAAAAGAUCUUUGCCAAUCGCUCAUUUUAGGCGAGCGAGUCUGUUGCAGCAGCGGCACUUUGCCCAGUACCCUUCCUCCCGGAAACUCGGACGGCACGUGCAAGACGCGCCAGGUUGUGUUGGGCGACGACUGUGGUUCACUGGCCAACAAAUGUGGAAUCUCUGGAGAUGACUUUACCAAGGCCAAUCCUCAGAGCAGCCUAUGCUCCACCCUUGCCGAGGGUCAACAUGUGUGUUGUAGUCAGGGGAAGUUGCCCGACUUGAGGCCCAAGAAGGGCGCCGACGGCUACUGCGCUGUGUACCAAACCAAAAGGGACGACAACUGUGCCAAAAUCGCAGCGAGCAACAUGCUCACCGUGACUGAGCUCGAGAACUUCAACAAGAACACGUGGGGCUGGAACGGCUGCAAGCUGCUAUACCCCGAUUUCAAAAUGUGUGUCAGCGACGGAGCUGCCCCCAUGCCUGCUAUUGUUCCCAAUGCAAUGUGCGGACCGACCAUGAACGGCACCGUCCGGCCCCCUGCAGGGACCAACAUCAGCACGUUAAACCCGUGUCCCCUCAACGUGUGCUGUAAUAUCUGGGGACAGUGCGGCAUGACGGAUGACUUUUGUGUCAUUUCCAAGUCGGAGACGGGUGCUCCGGGUACUUCGGCGCCGGGAAAAUCAGGGUGCGUCAGCAACUGCGGCAGAGACAUCAUCAAGGGUUCCACGCCACCGGCCAGGUUCAAGCUUGGCUACUUUGAGGGCUGGAACUUCAACCGCGAGUGCUUGACCAUGGAUGCCAGCCAGAUCGACACCGACACAUACACCCACAUUCACUUUGCCUUCCCCAACGUCACGCGUGGCGACUUUCGCAUUGAGAUCACGGACCCCCUGGUGAAGGAGCAGUUUGAGGCCUUCAAGCAGCUCCAGGGUGUCAAGAAGAUUGUAUCGCUUGGCGGAUGGGAUUUCUCUGCUUUGCCCGGCACGUUCGAUAUUCUACGCGAAGCUGCCCAACCACGCAAUCGCGACGUGUUCAAGCGGAACAUCAUCUCCUUUAUAAACGAGCACAAUCUAGAUGGCAUCGAUCUCGACUGGGAAUACCCAGGAGCCCCUGACAUCCCUGACAUCCCCGCUGACGAUCCGGUCAAUGGUCUCAACUACUACCGACUCCUGGCCAGCAUCAAGCAGGAGGUAGGCACGUCCAAGACGGUCUCGUUCGCAGCCCCGGCGUCCUUCUGGUACCUCCGUGCCUUCCCCAUCAAGCAAAUGGCGGAAGCCCUGGAUUACAUCGUCUUCAUGACAUAUGACUUGCACGGCCAGUGGGAUGCUGGUAACAAGUGGACAUCUCCCGGUUGCCCGAGUGGCAGCUGCCUGCGGUCCCAUGUCAACGAGACCGAGACCAAGGACGCACUUUCCAUGAUCACCAAGGCUGGUGCCCCCUCCAACAAGAUCUUGGUCGGUGUGACGAGCUAUGGGCGGUCUUUCAAGAUGGCCCAGGCCGGCUGUGAUAGUGAGAACUGUCUGUUCACGGGCGAUAACCGCAAUUCCCAGGCCGCCAAAGGCCGGUGCACAGCAUUUUCCGGCUACAUUGCCAAUGCCGAACUCGACGAGAUCAUUGCUUCCGGCAGGGUCAACAAGCGAUACACAAAAGAAGGCUCCAACAUCAUGGUGUACGACGACACAGAAUGGGUGGCCUGGAUGGACGACGAGAUGAAGGCGAAGAGAACAGAGUUCUACCACUCGCACAACUUUUUGGGCACGACAGAUUGGGCCGUAGACCUUCAAGAGUGGAUGGAUGGGUCUGGCAGCAUCACGGACGACACCGAGGACAAACUGAUCUACGAGGAGCUCCCUGCUUGCACAGGGCAGUACACCACACUCAAGCAGCUCGAGGACCGUAAGGGGUCUAUUCCGUCGCACUGCCUGGAACAAUACAUCGUCGAUGUCCAGGUUGCCAUUUUCGACGGCGCGCUCAAGAAGUACCAGAAGCUCAUCAAUGAUGGCUACGACAAGAAGUUCUCGGUUUGGGAGGGCUAUGUCAAGGAGCAGAUCCCCGGGCAGAUCAAGAAUUUCAUGGCCACCGACAAGGUCGAUAAGUACUUCAAGUGCGGCGAGAUGAAGACAGUUACCUGCUGUGACACAUGUACCAAUGCGUGGUGUGGAGCCGCGUGUGAAAGAUUUGCUGGGUGUAAGAAUGGAAAGCAAAUGGUACCCAGGGACAAAUGCCCCAGGGUCGAAUUUGAUCCUGAGCCGGGCUUCAACAGUAAACACCCCAACACCACUUUCACGCUGACGGACCGGGACGGCUUCUUCAAGGAUAUCUUUGACACAUGGGGCAUUGAGAAGGACUGGAUCAGGUUUGCCAAACGCCAGAUGUCGCUCGCCAACGGGUGCCAGUUCUCGGACGCGGACAAGGUCAGGGACUGCAUCAACUGGAACAGUAUACAUUUCCACGACUUCCCCACCAUGGACAGCGGCAAAGUGAAGCUCAGCAACCCCAAGGACGUCAUUACCGAGGCCCUUCCCGGGGCGCAGGACCUGCUCAACCGCUACCGCGACAUGAAGGUGUUUGCCGAGUUUGAGCACGACAUUGAAAUGUCUGACCUUACCGACGCUGGCUCGCUGCCGGCCUUUGCCGUGGAAGAGGCUGUUGCGCAAAUGGACAAGAUUGUCGAAGAGGCCAAGGAGAUCGAGAAGAGGAGGCGGGAAGAAUUCAUCCUGAACAUGAUCAUGGGUUUCCUAUUCUUCAUUCCCUUCAUCGGACCUACCGGAGGCGGUCUCAUUGCGACGAGCGUGCGUGGGCUGCUGACGCUCAUUGGCGUUGCCGGCGAAGUCGGCGUGGCUGUGUACAGCGUCGUCAAGGACCCGGACAACGCAUUUACCACUGUCGUCGGCACGCUGUUGGGCAUGGGCUUCAGCCGCGGCGGCUUUCGGGGUGCGGCCAACACGAGGCGGGGGAUGAGCUCGACGGAGUACAACAGCCUUGGUAACAUCAAGCCCAAGCUUGACACAAUUGGCAAUCUUCGGGGUGGCAUGUGUGCUCUGUGA